AUGUCUCGUAGCGUACCAUGGCGAACCAAUUGCCCUCAAGAUGUCAAAUAUCUUCUAGAACAAUUGCCGUCUUCUCAGCUGCUGUUGGUAAGGCGGAUUGGACCGACUAGUUUUUUAUUAAGUGGACGUGAUGGGCGGCAAAAAUAUAAAACAUCUAUCGGGGAUCCGCAUUAUUGUUCUUGCGGUGCUAGUUCGGAGCUGUGUGUGCAUAUCUUGUUUGUGUUAUGUAAAGUGUUUUUCUUACCGAAGGAAAACCCUUUUGUUUGGCAGCGGUCUCUUGUUGCGGCUGAAAUAGACGAACUGCUUAGAGCAGAGACCAAGAUGAAAAAUAAACAGAAACGACUGGAAGGUGUCGGGCCGAUUCUUCCAAGGGAGGUAGAAGAGGGCGAUGUAUGUCCAAUAUGUUUUGAAGAACUUGAUAACAACGCACCCUUAACAUAUUGUCAAGGGGGAUGCGGAAACCACCUUCACGUGCGCUGUUUCAAACAGUAUAAGCGUCAUAAUUCAGCAGUUUCUUUGCGAUGCCCGUAUUGUCGAGUCCUUUGGCUAUAUGAUCUUGGUACCACGAGUAAAAGAUGCUCCGGGUGCAAAAAAUACGCAAACGGUCAAUAUUAUACAUGCUUGUUUUGCCAAGACUAUUUGUUGUGUGGAAACUGCUUCCACUCUAGUGAUGUUCACUCGAACCAUCCAUUUUCCUUAGUAGGAACAACUGAGGUUUCAGAGAGAGUCAGUAGACAGGCAGUUUCUUCUGUCCCAUCAGUUUCUGAGCCACCCCCUCAGAUUUCUGCGGAUGUAAUUCCUCUUAUGUACAGGGAACUUGAUCCUAAUGACUACGAAACCCUUCUUCAACUUGAUGAAAACAAUGACCGACGAGUACUGACCAUAGAACAGUUUAUGUCCCUUAAGCGAGGGAAUUGGAAUUCUUCGUUGGGAUCUGACACAUGUAAUAUAUGUCUAGAGUUUUUCGAUGUUUCCAGUAGUUGUGUUUGGUUACCAUGUGGACAUUUUUUUCACGUCUCUUGCGCGCAAACAUGGCUAACAGAGCAUUCAGCAGUGUGUCCUAUAGACCACCAACCAGUCAUAGUUUUCAGUGGCGAGAAUACUCUUACGGAAUUGAGUUUACCCUCUUUGUCUAAUGUCGGUAAUGAUCAAAAUAACCGUAACCAUAAUCGUCGUCGCCCAAUGCAGAGGCCUCGGCAAGAAGUAGCUGUUGUUUCAAAUGCUUCAAGACGAAUGGUGCGCCCAAUACGUCAACGCAUUGAGAGGCGAAGAGUGGCUGAUGCCGGUACUGUAUCUUUGCCUCGUCUCGAGCUACAAGUUGUGCCUCUGGGUAUUGUGCCUCGGCGUGAUCAAAAUGGGGAGAGAUUCCGUUAUGGAGGGACCUAG